UUCCAGGAAGCGCCGUAUCGUUACCCUCGUUAUGUCUGGAGAGGGAAAUUCUACCACGCUGGAAGGUGCUCAGGCAGAAUGGCUGGAGCGUCUCGACGCCAUGCGCAAAGCCAUCGCUGAACUGAAGCUGCCGCCUGAUGUUCAAAACACUUCCCCAUAUGGCCAGGAUUUGGAUAUCGAUGAUGACGACCUUUCCGGGACGGCCAGCGGCGAGGAUAUCUGGGAUGUCAUUAGCGACGAAUAUGAAGAGGAUUACAGCAGCGACCAACUAGAUGCGCAGACAUUCCAGGAUGAAGCGCCCAAAUACGGCCAGCAAUGGCUGGCAGACAUGUGCACGCUUGUGGCCCAACGAGGCUCAGGCCUAGAUGCGGCUGCCCUCAAAGACCAGAUAUUGGCCAUUCUGUCCAGUGAUAGCAAUGACGAAGAGUUGCAGAUGAUGUUGGCGGACAUGGUGGGAUACGGGGAGUUGGAUCUUGUGGCCGAUCUUAUUUCGCACCGGCAGGAUGUUACACGAUCUCUGCACGAGCCCAGCAAUGGCGCCCUCGUGGACCGUCUUCAAUCUAGAGUAGAAAGGGAGGAAGCUCUAAGACGCCAGGACUGGGAACACAAAAAUGCCUCUUUGGCCCCAUCUCUAGAUCGUAAAGGUCCCCAAUAUCCUCACGUCUAUCGAACUCAUGAGGCAGGAAACAAGCUCUCUUCAUAUGGCAAAAAAUAUGCUCUGCCUCCAAAUCACACCCACUACGACGAUAACAUCUACGAAGAGUAUGCCAUUCCAGCUGCUCCUGUUGGUACCAUUGGUGCCGGCCGCAAGUUAGUCGAAAUCGCAGACAUGGACGGUCUCUGCCAGCGCACCUUCAAAGGCUACAAAUCAUUGAAUCGCAUGCAGAGUCUGGUUUAUCCUGUGGCCUACCAAACCAGCGAAAACAUGCUAAUUUGUGCCCCUACUGGUGCUGGUAAGACGGAUGCAGCUAUGCUCACCAUUCUGAACACCGUAGCCAAGUACACCACUCCAAACCCCAUUGAGAAUCCAGAAGCAACCGAAUUUGCUGUGUCAUCGGCAGACUUCAAGAUUAUAUACGUCGCUCCCAUGAAGGCUCUUGCCGCCGAAGUUACCGAAAAGCUGGGAAAGCGUCUUUCGUGGCUCGGUGUCAAGGCUCGCGAGUUGACAGGAGACAUGCAUUUGACCAAAGCGGAAAUUCUAGACACUCAGAUUAUCGUCACCACACCUGAAAAAUGGGACGUGGUGACUCGAAAGAGCACCGGCGACACAGAACUCGUACAAAAAGUCCGCCUUCUUAUCAUUGAUGAAGUCCACAUGCUACAUGAUGAACGUGGUGCGGUACUUGAAAGCUUAGUGGCCAGAACACAACGCCAAGUUGAAAGUACUCAGUCUCUCAUCCGUAUCAUUGGUUUAUCUGCAACCCUUCCCAACUAUGUGGAUGUUGCCGACUUCCUGAGGGUGAACAAAAUGGCUGGCCUGUUUUACUUUGAUGCCUCGUUCCGUCCUGUUCCCUUGGAACAACACUUCAUAGGAGCCAAGGGCAAAGCCAAUAGCGCGAAGUCAAGAGAAAACUUGGAGCGGGUGGCUUUUGACAAGGUCAAGGAGAUGCUUGAGCGCGGUCAUCAAAUCAUGGUGUUCGUGCAUUCGCGAAAAGACACAGUCAAAACUGCUAGGAUGCUGCAUGAGAAGGCAACCGAAGAACAAUGUACCGAUCUGUUCGACCCGACGCAGCACCCAAGAUACGACGUAGCAGUUCGAGAUAUGAAACAAUCCAAAGGAAGAGAACUGCGUGAGUUGCUUAAUAAGGGUAUGGGCACUCAUCACGCCGGUAUGCCUCGGUCGGACAGAAACCUUGUAGAGCGACUCUUUGGGGAGGGUGUUAUCAAAGUUCUCUGCUGUACGGCAACGUUGGCUUGGGGUGUAAACUUGCCUGCUGCUGCAGUGCUCAUCAAAGGAACCCAAGUUUACAGUGCCCAAGACGGAAAGUUUGUCGAUCUUGGUAUACUUGACGUGCUACAGAUCUUUGGUCGUGCGGGUAGACCUCAGUUUCAAGAUACGGGUAUCGGCUUCAUUUGCACCACGCACGACAGACUCGAUCAUUACAUGAAGGCGGUAACAGAACAACAGCCCAUCGAAUCCAGGUUCUCAGCUAAGAUGGUGGACAAUCUCAACGCCGAGAUCUCGCUCGGUACGGUGACCACCGUACCGGAAGCUGUCCAGUGGCUGGGUUAUUCCUACCUUUUUGUUCGUAUGCAGAAGAGUCCUCUGGCCUAUGGUAUCGAAUGGGCCGAGAUCCGAGAUGACCCUCAGCUCGUCCAGCGCCGGCGGAAGCUCAUCAUCGAUGCAGCACGAACCUUGCAGAAGAGCCAAAUGAUCAUAUUCAACGAGACUACCGAAGACCUGCGUGCCAAGGAUGUCGGUCGUAUUGCUAGCCAGUUCUACGUUCAGCAGUCGAGUGUCGAGAUCUUCAACACUAUGAUGAAUCCACAAGCCUCCGAUGCAGAUGCUAUGGCAAUGGUCAGUAUGAGUGGAGAGUUUGAUCAGAUACAGUCUCGCGAAACCGAACAAAAAGAGCUUUCCUCUCUGCAAGAAGAGGGCUACGUAGUCACCGAGGUCAAAGGUGGUGUCGGUACGCCCCAUGGAAAGACGAAUGUCCUUUUACAAGCGCAUAUAUCGCGAGCAAGGCUCGAGGACUUCACACUCGUUUCCGACACCAAUUACAUUACUCAAAAUGCUACCCGCAUUGCUCGCGCACUGUUCAUGAUUGCACUGAAUCGUCGAUGGGGUUAUCAGUGUCUAGUUCUUCUCAGCUUGUGUCAAUCGAUCGAGCGCCAGGUCUGGGCUAUUGAACACCCUCUGCACCAAUUCGAUCUUCCGCAGCCAGUUCUCCGCCAGCUGGAUCAAAAGUACACUUCCAUUGAGGCAUUGCGCGAUAUGGAACCUGCUGAGAUCGGUCAAUUGGUCCACAAUACCAAGAUGGGCAAUGUCAUUUCUCGUCUGCUUGACAACUUCCCCACACUGAGCAUUGAAAGUGAGAUUGCGCCUUUGAACCGAGACGUUCUUCGCAUUCGCCUAUGGCUUACGCCUGACUUCAAGUGGAAUGACCGACACCAUGGAACUUCUGAGCCUUUCUGGAUCUGGGUGGAGAAUUCGGAGACAUCCGAAAUCUUUCACUACGAAUACUUCAUCCUGUCACGCAAGAAGCUCUAUGAUGACCAUGAGCUGAACUUCACAAUCCCGCUCUCCGAUCCUUUACCAUCUCAGAUUUACGUGCGAGCCGUAUCCGACAGAUGGUUGGGCGCCGAGACCGUUCACCCAAUCUCGUUUCAGCAUCUGAUUCGACCUGACACUGAAAGUGUAUAUACGGAUCUGCUGAAUCUACAACCACUACCGAUCUCUGCACUCAAGAACCCUCUUCUGGAGGAACUGUACAGCAAACGUUCCCAGUAUUUUAAUCCGAUGCAGACACAGAUCUUCCACUGUUUGUACCAUACAUCAGCCAAUGUGCUUCUAGGAUCGCCGACGGGAAGUGGAAAGACAACAGCAGCUGAGCUCGCCAUGUGGUGGGCUUUUCGUGAGAAGCCUGGGUCCAAAGUUGUAUACAUUGCGCCCAUGAAAGCACUUGUUCGGGAACGAGUUCAGGAUUGGGGCAAGCGCCUGGCAGGACCCAUGGGUUUGAAGCUUGUCGAAUUGACUGGUGACAAUACGCCCGACACACGCACCAUUCGUGAUGCUGAUAUCAUCAUUACCACACCUGAAAAGUGGGAUGGUAUCAGUAGAAGCUGGCAGACACGUGGCUACGUGCGACAAGUGAGUCUCGUCAUAAUCGACGAAAUUCAUCUGCUCGGCGGCGACCGUGGGCCAAUUUUGGAAAUUAUUGUGUCCAGAAUGAACUACAUCGCUUCGCAAAGCAAAGGCUCUGUUCGACUCCUCGGUAUGUCUACAGCCUGUGCGAAUGCCAGCGACCUCGGGAACUGGCUCGGUGUCAAGGAAGGCCUUUUCAAUUUCCGCCAUUCUGUCCGCCCUGUGCCACUGGAAAUCUUCAUCGACGGAUUCCCUGAGCAACGCGGAUUCUGCCCAUUAAUGCAAUCGAUGAACAGACCGACAUUCCUCGCGAUCAAACAACAUUCUCCGGAAAAGCCUGUGAUUGUCUUUGUGGCGUCUCGUCGUCAGACACGUCUCACCGCGCGCGAUUUGAUCAAUUUUUGCGGCAUGGAGGACAAUCCCCGCCGAUUCUUGCAUAUGUCUGAAGAUGAUCUUGCUCUCAACCUUGAGAGAGUCCAGGACGAUGCGUUACGUGAAGCUUUGAGCUUUGGUAUUGGGCUGCAUCAUGCUGGUCUCAAGGAAACCGAUCGCUCGUUAUCGGAAGAACUCUUUGCCAACAACAAGAUUCAAAUCCUCGUCGCUACCAGUACCCUUGCUUGGGGUGUCAAUCUUCCUGCGCACUUGGUUGUUGUCAAAGGCACCCAGUUCUUUGAUGCAAAGACCGAAGGAUACAAGGAUAUGGAUCUUACUGAUGUUCUUCAAAUGCUCGGACGAGCUGGACGACCUCAAUUCGACUCUUCUGGUGUGGCCAGAAUCUUCACUCAAGAUGCGAAGAAGGAGUUCUACAAACAUUUCCUGCAUACAGGUUUUCCAGUGGAGUCAUCACUGCACAAAGUCCUUGAUAACCAUCUGGGCGCUGAAAUUUCUGCCGGUACUAUCGCUACGAAGCAGGAUGCUCUCGACUAUCUCACCUGGACGUUCUUCUUUCGCCGUCUACACAAGAAUCCUUCGUUCUAUGGCCUGGAGAUUUCUGCAGAAGAGCAUAAUACUAUUGCAGCUCAGACCAUGGCAAAUGACUAUAUGAUCAACCUAGUCGAGGCGUCUCUAAAUGAUCUAGCCGAAUCAUCCUGCGUUGAACUAAGCGGCACUGGGGACGUUGACGCAACGCCCCUAGGCAAGAUUAUGAGUUACUACUACCUCAGCCACAAAACCAUCCGGUACCUCGUAAAGCACGUCAAACGCUCAGCAACGUUUGCCGACGUCCUCUCCUGGGUCUCCCACGCCACCGAAUACGACGAACUUCCCGUCCGCCACAACGAAGACUUAAUCAACGCUGAGCUAUCUAAAAACCUCCCCAUUCCCGCCGAUGACUUCGGCCUACCCAUGUGGGAUCCGCACGUGAAGUCCUUCCUCCUUCUACAAGCCCACUUCUCACGCAUCGACCUCCCCAUUACCGACUACGUCGGCGAUCAAACCAGUGUUCUCGACCAGAGUAUUCGUAUCGUGCAGGCCUCCAUCGAUGUCCUGACAGAACUCGGCUACCUCAGCAGCUGCGAAACCAUGAUCACCCUCCUCCAAGCCAUCAAAUCCGCCCGUUGGCCCACCGACGGCACCCUCUCCAUUUUCCCAGGCGUAACUCCAGAUCUCGAAAACAAACGUCUCGAGCACCCCAAAGCGACCCCCAAAACUCUCGUUGACGCCUCCACGGCUUCCACAUCUGUUCUCGAAAAGGCAGCGAGGUUCGCAGGUAUAUCUACUCCAGCCGGCAUCAAACGUUUCCUCGAACCCGUCUCGCGCCUACCGGUGCUCAAGCUCGCACUUCCGAACGUCAACGCAGUCAGUCUUACCGUCAAUCUCGAACGCGUCAAUCCCGCGCGCGUACAGCAAGGUGGUGGCGGAGGCGUUAGGAUCUAUGCACCGCGGUACCCGAAACCGCAGACCGAAGGAUUCUUCGUCAUCGUUGCGUACAAGGGCACAGACGAGAUCAUCGCAUUGAAGCGUGUAGGGUGGAACGACCCAUCCAGAAACAAUAACAACAACAAUUCACAAUCUGGUCGGGGAGGACGCGGUCGUGGUGGUGGUGGUGGUCGCGCAGGCGCUGGCGCUGGCGCGGCGCAGAAACUACACGGUUCCGCCAAGAUCUCGAUCCCGGAGGAGGUGCAGGGCAAGAAGAUCGAUGUGCGUGUGCUGAGUGAUUCGUAUCCUGGUAUGAGCUGGUGUAUCGAUGGUGUGGACGUGCCUGAGGCGCCGAGGGUGGAUGAUGGCGGCAAAGAUAAGGGGAAGAUGAAGGGAGCGGAUGCGGAUAUGGUGGAGUGAGUAAGUGAGCGAGCGAGGUGACGGCAUUUCGAGCAUCGUAAGAGCAAAGUAUCCAGUAUGAAGCUUGAAGUGAAUG